AUGAGCAGCGAUACAGAGACUGAAGUUGUAGAAAAUAUAAGUGAUAGUAUCACUGAAGAAGAAAAACCAGAACAUAUAGAAGAACCAGUAACAAAAAGAACUACUCGUCGUCAAGCAAAUCAUGAAAAUCAACGACAAGAACUUGAAGUAGAAAUUAAAAAAGAGAAUAAAGAAAGAAAGCCAAAGAAGAAAACAACACGGAAAAAUUUGGUUUCAGUUGAGUCAGAAGAAGAAGAAGAGACAUCAAAACCCUCACCAAGAAAACCACGUCAAACAAAAGAUAAAAGCAAAAUUACUCAUCAAAAAAAAAUUAAUGAAAAAAAAGAAAUAGAUGAAAGUGAAGAUAUCGUUGAUAUUAAAAAAUUGUCAAAAAAAUUAAAAGAAGAACCAAAUAAUAAUAAACCAUUACCUCCUCCACCAGUUAUUUCUGAGUCUAUUGUUCAAUCAGUAAAUGAACAACCAACUAUUAAACAAGAAGUUACUGAAACAAAUACUCAUUCUCUUCCACAAUCAUAUCAGUCUAGUCUUUCUAUUCCUUCUCAAAAUACUUUAAGUUCUACUGUGAUGAAUCUUACAAAUUCACAACAAUCAACUAGUGUUUCACAACAGAAUUAUAUCCAAAAUACACAAAAUAAUUAUAUGACAAAUCAUCAACCAUUUGAUGGAACUACAUCUUAUAUUCAACCAAUAAAUCAAACACUGCAACAAAUAACAAAUAAUGGAAUGGUUUUAAAUCAACCAGUUCAAAUACAACAACAAUCCGUCAUUAUUCCUGAAAAUUCAAAUAUUGAAUUAAAAAGAAGUCAAGAACAUCAAAGUUCAGGAGUGUCUUAUAAAUUCGAAAAAUUAUAUGGGUAUGCAGAAGGAGAUACUGCUUAUGAUCCAUUAAUUGGAUUAUAUGCAAAUAGAAAGAAAGAACAACGAAUAAGAGAACAACACCCACCAACUGAAUAUAUAACCUUAAAAAGUGUUGUAUCAAAAUUUGUUGUUAAUUGUUUACAACCAUUUUAUGAUAAUGGUAAGAUUCAAGAUCGAGAUAGGUUCAAAUCUAUUGCAAAGAACUUUACUACACAAUUUACAAAUGAAUUAUAUGAAACAAAUCAGCCACUUUCAUUAAAAGCACAACGGUAUUUUAAUUCUGUUAUUUGUGAUAAAUUUGAACCACAUUAUUAUUAA